AUGGAGGACAGGAAGAGACCCGCCAUCGGCGCCGCCGACGAGCUCGCUCCCCCUAGCAAGAGGAUCGCCGUCAACGGCUCCAAGGCCAAGGACGAUGCCCUCGACAUGAAGGAGGAGAGCUGGAUCGAGAAAACCCAGGCGUACACAAAAGGGGCGAUAUACCGUCAGAUGCAAGAAUACAGCCGCAAGGCCGCCACCGCCGAGUCGCGACUCGAGGAACUACACAAGCGAUGCGUACACCACGACGAUCACCUAAGAUUUAUCGACAUUUGGUGGCGCCAGUUACUGGAAGAAGUGGAGAGCAUGACUGCCCGUGAACUCCCCGACACGGUCAAUCCAACUGAAUCCCCGUAUCUCAGCGGCGUUAGCUUCAAGGAUCUCCACGAAUUUCAGAACCAUAUGCAGGAGAGAGGCAAGACCAUUAAGGCCAAGGCGGAGACCUUACUCGGCCGAAUCGCAGCCCAACGUGGAGAGCUCGCACCCGAGUCUAUUGCCCUGGAAGGCAAAGUCGUCAGCCUGUUGUCCGCCCAGAAAGAAUAUCUACUCAAGCUGGAUCGUCUGGAUGCCGAGAAAGACCAGCUCUCUGAGCAGCUCAAUGCCGCCACUCUCAGAUACUUCAAAGCGGAGAAGAAACUGGACCGGGCCAAAAGUGCGCAGGUGCAGAAGCUGGAACAGCAGGCAUUUGCCAAUGCAACUCGGCCUGCCGCUGCGUCUGGCGAGGGCAGCCAGGAGGCCGAAGCGAACGGCACGGCCGACGAACUAUUGCUGAAGUAUGAGGAGGCGACGGCGUCGGCGGCAAAGCAAAAGGAACAACUGGAUGCGAUUCUAGCAGAAAUCAAGACGUUGCAGGACGAAAACUCAAACAUGAAGGCGCGCCGGGACGCUUGGACGGACGACGAUUUCAUUCGGUCAGAUGUCUUCAAGCAGUUCAAGAGCCAGAACGAAGACCUCAUCAAACGAGUCAACAACCUGGAGGCAACAAAUAGACACCUACGCGAGGAAGCUGAGAAACUCCAAGCCGAGCGCACUGCGUUCAAGAACCAGCUGGAAGCGGAAGCGAACCAGGCCACCCAAGAGCUCGAGGCUGAUAUCAUGUCCAGAGAUCAGGAUCUAGCUCGCGUGCGCUCAGCCAGGGACGAGAUUCUUGCCGAGAACACGCAACGAAAGGCGAGCAUGGAUCAGGAACGGGCAUCAUUGGAUCACAUCAAGGAUCUUGUCAUCGCCAAAGACGAUCAUAUCGCCGCGCUCGAGUCUGAAGUGGCACGACUCAAGCCAUCCGAGGAUCAAGAAAUGGUGUCACCAGCAGAUGAUGACGAGGAGCUGUCCAGCGAGGAGCUGCGACAAAAGUACAAGAAACUUCAGCAGGACUUCCAGGCCAUCAACCAGGAAUUGCCGUCCAUCGAGAAGGCCUACAAGAAGAUGAAGGACUUGGCUCAGAAGAAAGUCAUGGACUUUGCUGCCCUAGAGGACAAGGUAGCACUCCUGAUUGCUGAGAAGAGCAAGGCGGAUCAGAAGUACUUUGCUGCCCGGAAAGACGCCGACACUCGAAACAACGAGAUCCGCUCGUUGAGACAUCAAAACGGCAAGAGCUCCGAGAUUAUUGCUCAGCUCAAGGAGUUGGAGGCGCAGAACCGAACACUGCUGGGCAGCAUGGAGAAGCAGCUCGCAGACCUGAAGCAAGCCAACGCAUCGCUUGUCGCGGAUAACAAAAAGAUGGAAACGACCAGCCUGGAAGCCGUCAGGCGGACGGAUGCUCUGAAUCGGCAGAUUAGUGAUCUCACCAAUCUGGUCAAGUCUCGGGAUGCAGCGUCUGCCGUUGUCAGAGAGCGAAACACGAUGCAAGAAGUCGAGGUGGAGAAGCUCAGGGUGCGGCUUGACCAUACUCUAAAGGACCGGGACACUUGGAGAAACAAGGCGCUCAGCAAUUCGUCGGAGGAAGAGGAGAUGCUGCGGACUUUUGCGCUGUGCACAAUCUGCCGCAACAAUUUCAAAAACACGGCAUUGAAGACGUGCGGGCAUUUGUUCUGUAACAAAUGCGUGGACGAUCGCAUCAGUAAUCGCAUGCGAAAGUGCCCGACCUGUUCCCGGGCAUUCGACAAGAUGGACGUGAUGCCCGUUCAUCACUGA